AUGCCGCGCCCGCACCGCCGGGACCGCAAAUCCUUCCUCCUGCAACCACAUGGACCGCGCGACCCCACCACCGCAGGACUACCGUCCGUCCCGCAAUCCACACCCGCCGUCCGCAUCCGCCGGGUCUGUCGCAGCGUAGCAUGCCGAACCUAUCUCCCCGUCGCGUCUAUUGCAGAAUCUGGCAUCGCUCCUCCUUCGCUCUCCGGAACCAAGCCUCAUCUUGUCGCGGGAUAA